ACGUGUGCGUCAGUGUUUUAUCGUUGCGUGUCAGUCAUCCGUGCGCCAGUGGAGUUGGUCAGUUACUGAUGCACAGAGGCAGGCAAAUCUUAAAUAACAUUGAAUAUGGGGCGUAAGGACGGCUCGUGGAUCCUACCGCUGGUUCUGGUGGGUUUGUUACAACCUUGUUUUGGCGAAUCGUUAAAAGAGGUCUGUGACCCAUCCAUUGAUGGAACCAUCUACAACUACAAAGCAAACACCUUGAACGGGACGCAUACCGUGUCCUUCAGCGAGUACAAAGGGAAAACUGUCCUCUUUGUCAACGUGGCCAGUUACUGAGGGCUAACCUUCCAGUACUUGGAGUUGAAUGCACUACACCAGGAACUGAAGGAUUAUGGCUUCACCAUCCUAGGCUUUCCCUGCAAUCAGUUUGGCUUACAAGAACCAGGGAAAAACCAUGAAAUUUUGCCAACUUUAGAGCAUGUUAGACCGGGCAAUGGAUUUGUUCCAAACUUCCUGUUGUUGGAGAGAGGCGAUGUGAACGGUGAAGAUGAACAGUGCGUCUACACUUUCCUAAAGGCGUCCUGCCCUCCAGUAGGGGACAGCUUCGGGAACCCAACCAACCGGCUCUUCUGGGAAACUCUGAAGAUAAGCGACAUCAAGUGGAACUUUGAGAAGUUCCUAGUGGGCCCAGACGGGAAGCCUGUGAUGAGAUGGUAUCCCAGGGUAAAUGUGUCCGAAGUCCGGACUGACAUCUUCAAAUACCUCCGCCAACUCCUUUCACAGCAGAACUUCAACUAAAGGAUACAGGACCAGAAUACGACCUGGGAAUGUGUGAAGUGGAUACACCUCCCUCCCCCAAUGUGAUGUGGGCACUAUACUUUGAUCUUUGUCAAAACCAUUUAUUUUUUACCUUCCUAGACUAGGAUACAACCUUAAAACUAUACUGUAUGUUUGUUGUGUAGCACAACAAAGUGAGUCUAGCAGCUGCUUCUUCUUCUUGUCAUAUCACUGCAGGUGGCAGGUAACAGAUGUAGGUCUAGUAGGCUGCAUGUUGUAUGACGGUGGGGCUUGAAAACAGUUCUUCUGUGGUGCCUUGCCCGAGUUUAGGAUCCAGGUGAGCUUGUUAGUGCAUUCAGGCUCUCUGUGGGAUCCCAAAGCCAUGCCAUGUUCUACCGACACACUCCUGUUACCUGUUACUCAGUAUAUGCUUAUUACACUUAAUAAAUCAUGAAAUCGCAAA